CUGAAAAUGGCGGAUGAAAGCGGAUUGAUUUAACUUUAUCGUACAAAAAUAAGAAUAUCAAGAAAGGAGCGACACAAUUGUACAAGAUGAAUUUGCAGUUCAGCUGGAAUUCCUAAGUCAGUUUCCACAUAGGGACACCAUACUCUCAGCAAAAAGCGAAAGUUGAAGACUAGGGCAUGGAAGAGGAGGCCUCCCGCUAUAGCAAACGCCUGCGGGCAGGCACACGGCGACGGUACCAGGAUGACAUUUCAGAUGACGAAAUCGAGGGCAAGAGGUCUUUUGACGUGGAAGAGAAACUUAAAUGUGAUCGAUACAACUCGGAUCUGGUCAGAGUUAUGGAAGGGGAAGACUUUACCUUGGAGUACAUCCAACGGGAGGGACUUCGAGACCCCAUUGUCUUUAAGAAGGCAGAUGGUCUUGGAAUCAAGAUGCCUGAUCCAGACUUCAGUGUCAGUGAUGUGAAGUUGUUUGUGGGCAGUCGCAGGAUGGUUGACGUGAUGGAUGUGACUACUCAGAAAGGCAUUGAGAUGUCAAUGGGCCAGUGGAGGAGAUACUACGAGACGCCACCAUCGGAGAGGGAAAAGCUGUAUAAUGUUAUCAGCCUCGAGUUCAGUCAUACAAAACUAGAGAAUCUGGUCAAGAGACCUGCCUCGGUUGACAUGAUUGAUUGGGUGGACAACAUGUGGCCAAGACACCUUAAAGAACGACAGAGAGACGCUACUAAUGUAAUCACAGACAUGCAGUAUCCUAAAGUACAGAAGUAUUGUCUGAUGAGUGUCGAGGGAUGCUUUACAGAUUUCCACAUAGACUUUGGUGGCACAUCAGUCUGGUAUCACAUCCUCAGGGGAGGAAAGGUGUUUUGGUUGAUCCCGCCCACACCUCAGAACCUGGAGCUCUAUGAGAACUGGGUGUUGUCAGGGAAACAGGGUGACAUCUUUCUGGGUGAUAAAGUCUCGGCGUGCCAGCGGAUUGAACUGAAGCAGGGUUACACAUUUAUGAUCCCUUCAGGGUGGAUCCAUGCCGUGUACACCCCAAUGGACACUAUGGUGUUCGGUGGUAAUUUUCUGCACAGCUUUAACAUUCCCAUGCAGCUCAACAUUUACAACAUUGAGGACCGCACGCGGGUCCCAUCUAAGUUCCGUUACCCUUUCUACUAUGAGAUGUGCUGGUAUGUGCUGGAGCGUUACUUGUACUGUCUGACCAACACUUCUCACCUCACGCCUGAGUUCCAGAAGCACUCGCUGGGCAUCGGCUUGACGCAAGAGGAUGUGAUAAAACAAGAAACAAGUGAUCAUGAGGAAAAUGUCAAAGAAGAGUCUGAAGAAGAAGAGGCACCUGCUACCCGUCCAGGAGUUAAGGUUCACCUGACACCCUUAGAGUUGGAGGGACUUAGCCAGUUACUGGAGAAGUUGGAGGACCUGCCAGUGCACAAGAAAUGUGUACCAGCAGGCAUCAGAAACGCCCCAGCACUGCUUAGUGACAUGCGGAAAUUGCUACAGGAACAUGCCAAUGAUAACCCCAAAUUGUCUUACACUGGAGAACCAAUUGUCAAAUGGCCCAAAAGGCCCUCAUGGUAUCAGCCACCCUCUCCUCCCCCAACUCCGCAGUACCGGCCACGCACUCCCGGUUCUGGUUCCAUUCUGCCGCCAGUUCCUCGGCCCGUAAAGCCGUCUUCCUCCAUCUCUGCUUUGAGGCGCCGGCGCGUGCGCUGCAAACGCUGCCAGGCCUGUCAGCGCAAAGAGUGUGGCAACUGCAACUACUGUAGGGACAUGAGGAAGUUCGGAGGACCAGGCAGGCUCAAGAAGAGCUGUGUACUCCGGCAGUGUCUUGCACCGGCGCUGCCUCUUACUGCAGUAUGUGCCAUAUGCAAGGAAGGCUGUCAGGAGUCUGAAGACUCGGAGUCUUUCCAAAGCCUUAUGGAAUGUUCUGAAUGCGCUCAGAUCACUCAUCCAGAAUGUAUAGAGGUGCCAGGGGAUGGUAUUAUCAAUAAGGACCUUCCAAGUUGUUGGGAAUGUCCAAAAUGUGUCCAGGGCAAAGAAAUCAGGUCUUCCAGUAGUAGUAGUGAUGAUGAGUCGGAGAGCAGUGUGUCCAAUGGAAGUGUCUCAUCGGGGCCUCCAGCCAAGCAAGCAUACAGAGAGGGGAUUGGAGUGGGGGGCUUGCGUAUGAGGCGUAGAGGAAGACCGCCCCUCUCUCCCUACUCUCUGCCUCUGACCCGCUCCCGGCGCCAACCGCCCCCUUCUCAAAGACUUCUGCUGCAACACCAGCAGAACAGGAAAAGAGCCGGAGCUUUGGAGUUACAACUCAGGAAAAGGAUAAAAUUGGAAAGAAAGAAAAUCCUCCAGUCGACCCGUUCGUCUGUCUCUCUUUCUCCAAAGCUCCUGCGUCAGCGGAGUCUGGAGAGAGGGGGCAUCGUCAGGCCGACACCCACCAGAAGCGCUACCCGCGGCAGAGGCGUGUCCUCUUGUCGUGGAAGAGGAGUGCGACUCAGAGGUGGUGGCCGAGGUGGAGGUCUGCGAGAAAGGAUGGAGAUGGAUGUAGACGUAGAACCGGAUGAUUCUGUGGAUGAAGAACAAGAGGAAAGGAAGGAGAAUGGACAGUGUGAUGGUAAAGAGAACCGUCCCCAUAGACGUGGUGGAAAAGCAGGUGAAGAGGAGAACGGUGAUGGACAUCAAAACGGAGAGAGUGAGGGCAACAGUGAGGGCGGAGAGCCAACUCGGUCAGACACUUCUGUGGUACUAACCGAUGACACCAGAGGCCAUGGGUCAUGCGUCACGGUCACUUUGCAACCAUCCAGAGGUAGACGUGACCCCAGCACCAUUGUACCUAAACUGGAAGCCAACCUAUCCCCGAGAAGCCUUCCGCUAGACCCCAAAACCUUGCUGCGUCCCCCAUUGCGGAAUGGCGCAGCUCGCUCGACCAGUCCUCAUUCACCACGCACUUUGACAAGGAGCACGUCCAAACACCAACAUUUGGCUCAUAGUCUAAGAUCAAACUUUAAAAAUUCCUCUCACCACCUUACUCGUGAGAGAAUUGGGAAAAAGACACGAUCGGAAAAGGAAAAGUCUUCCAACUCCUGUUCAAGUUACACGUUACAGGUCUCGCGAGAGCAGAAUGGAGGGAAUGAGCCUGGCUGGGAGAGAGAGGUGUGGGUGUCUGUGUUUCGCUACUUGACUCGGGCAGAGUUGUGCGUGUGCAUGGCCGUUUGCAAGAGCUGGUACAAAUGGGGAUGUGACAAGCGUUUAUGGACGCGGAUCAGUUUGAGCCGAUGUCGGUCAAUAAGUCCGCAGGCCCUCACAGGCAUCAUCAAACGGCAGCCUGUCACGCUGGACCUCUCCUGGGCCAGCAUCUCUAAAAAACAACUCUCCUGGCUCAUCAACCGACUGCCAGGGCUUAAGGAUCUGGUGCUGUCAGGAUGUAACUGGACAUCGAUCUCAGCACUGAGCUCUCCAAGCUGUCCUUUACUUCGCUCUUUAGACCUACGUUGGGCUGAUGGGAUCAAAGACCCACAAUUCAGGGAGCUGCUGAACCCACCAGGCAGCGAUAACCGUUCCCAGCUAAAGAACAUGCAGUGCUUGUGGUUGUGUGGUUUAGAGCUGACUGAAGCCACGCUCAGGCUGAUCAUCAGACAUAUGCCUCUGCUUACCCGUCUGGAGCUUUCACAUUGUCCCAUCACAGAUGGUGCUCUCAAUCUCCUCAGUGCUGUGGGGUCCUCCACACGCAAUACACUUACACACCUCAACUUGGCAGGUUGCAGUCGCCUGACAGACCGAUGUUUGGUGUACCUGCGGCGUUUGUCCUGUCUUUCCGUGUUGGACCUCCGUGACUGCAAAGGGGUCUCGCGGAAGGCGUGCGAAAGCUUUAUCUCUGAGCUGUCUGUCAACGCCCUCUACUGCCUAUCAGAUGAUAAGCUCAUCCAGAGGAUAUCCUAAACCCGCCCUCCUCAGGGAGAAAGAGACUUUGUGAAUAUUUGUGCGACGUGUGUCUGAGAGAGAAUGCACAGAGUCCCUAUGUGUGUGUGAUGGGCUCUGUCUGUAGAGGGGUUCUCUGCAGAGUUUAAUGUAUAGAAACAUAGAAGGUAGGAGCUCAAAGCAUCCAGGGCGGGGCUUGUGUAUAAAUAGAUCUGGGUGAUUGAUAUCCUUUCUUUUUUGUAGUUAGCUGUUUCCAUUUCUUUUAUGUACACACAAAUACACUGCAGUUGGCAAUCAGAUCUCAGGCCUGUCAUGCCACGGGCUCUUCUAUUAAGAGAUCAACAGGUGCUAUUGCUCUACAGUUUGUUUUCUUUUUCAGGGCAGUCUGUUGUCUGCCUUUAAAAAAAACACUUUGCUCCUACUCUUGUCCAAUACUCUAAUCCAUUCUCCAAAUCCCAUCACUUGGACUCAAUUCAGGUAGUGUUGGGGAUCUUGCAUUUAAUUUUAUUCAUCCCCUUACUUUAAACUUUAUUAAGAGGAAUACCUUUUUGUUCCCCUCCUUAAUACCUGAAAGAAUAUAGAUAGAUAUAUAUAUGAAUAUAGACGCAUCCUUGUGUAAAUGUAUUCCUCUCCUGUAAGCCAGAACAGUCUGUAGCAUUACAAUUAUUUUCGCAACCUUUUUCCACUUUGUGUUUUUUCCAAGAAACUAAAAAAAAACUAAUAAAAAAUGUGAGCUUAUU